AUGCCAACACCCCGGCCUGGAGCCACAGCAUCAUCGGAGGAACCAGCAAGACUUGUUGCGAGGCCAGCGGAAACAAAAUUCUCCCGCAGAGAGCCGCAAUCGAACACCGUGCCACCACAACUACUGCAGUCAGUGCCGCUCUGCGCACGACGCUGUCUCUCGAAUUACAUCAACCAGGACUACAAGUGCUCUGAAACUGGCGCGGCCUGCUUGUGUGAGCACUACAGCUCUCAAGGCUAUACACUCGGAGAACUUGCGUACAUCUGUCUGGAACAGGGAUGUGAGAAGCCGAAGCAAGCUGGAGCGCAGGCGGCGUAUUUCAUCUGCGCUGCAAUACCUGGAGCUGUAUCGCCGAAGCACGACGUUCUCACGGUUCCGCCGCCGACAACGACGAGACAACCAAACUCGAGAACUACGGCAAGGGCAACCUCGACAGGGCAGGAAACGGAGGCUGCACCUCCGCAUACAACAUCAUCUCCUACAUCAGGAGGAGGCGUUGCAGGCCCUUCGCCGAGCAGAAGGACCAAAACUCAUGGACCGUCGGUGCCUUCGUCCACAGCAGUACCUGGGACACCGCCUCCAGCUCCAGCACUAUCCGAAGCAUCGAGCGAGCAGCUGCCCUCAACAAACCUCUCUCAUGCCGAAGCGGCGGGCAUCUCGAUCGGUGCAAUGGGCGCCAUAGCGCUCAUCAUUGCGGCAAUCUACCUCUGUAUCUGGUUCCGCAGGCGAAGGGUGAAGUGCAGCGACGACAGCAACGACUACGACUUUGUGGACCAAGCACCGCCUCGCUUCUCGCCCUUCAACUACGGCCAUGCGGAUCCUCGAGGCCCGCUUGGCGGCUUUGAGAAGCGCAGAGCUGAGUUGGGGGUCGAAAAGCCUUGGACCAAGUGGCCCGGCGUGCGAAUGUCGUACGACGACUAUGUUGCUCAGUACAACGAGAAGAGUCCGAGCAUUACGCCGCCGGAGAGCCGUACGGUUAGCAAUACCAAGGUGAACAUGGCAAUACCUCUGCCGGAGAAGCCUCUACCGGCUGUGACGCGAGGCUUACCGAAGUCUCCUGCGCCCAGUCGAAAUACGGCGAUUACUGUGUUUGAGGAGGACAGAACUCCUCGGCCGCCGGACGUGACUACGGUGCCAGCGGUACCAAGGAAGCCUCUUCCAAACGGACCGCCGCCUGGUAUAGCGGUGCAUUAUCCAUCGCCUCGCACGGCCCAACAGCGGUUGCACCAGCCCGCUGCUGCUCCCACGCGACCACAACCACAACCGCAAUCACAACUACAACCGCCCAAUCGGCCACGCCAGCCUUCUCUAUCGCUGCAGAUACCUCGACAGGCCACGCGAGCUGCCCAGCUCUCUUCUGCUAACGAUUUUCCUAUGCCUCCUGCCUAUCCGAAUAUCAGCGCCUGGAUCCAGCCUCCUGCAGCUCCCGCCAACUCUGCCAGGACUUCCACAAACAGCGUUCUAGAUUACUACGCCAGUCCGGUACCAGAUGAGCCUGCUGGCAGCUACUACGACACUUCUCCAGAUAUCGAUCUGCCAACGCCUGUCCAGCUUGAAGCACGCCGACGGCGUCAAGAACGCCCUAUAGGUCCAGCAGUGACUGUCACGAAACCUGCAUAUCUUCCUGCCCGACCUUCCCGGAUGAACUCCGCUGGCAGCGAUACAUCGUUCGAGAGCAUGAAUGGAGACGAGCCCACGCCGCCGGAUGAGGAACAGAUGGAGGCGCCGCAGUUGACGCCGGUGCAGGAGUCACCUGGGAAGAGAUCGCCUCUGGCAGGGUUGAGGUAUCCGAAGGUGCCGCGGAGUUCGAAUCAGAGCGUGCCGCGUUCGCCUGCGCCGAAGUCAUCGCCGCGUCCUGCUACGAACGCAUCGCCAACGCCUCGACCGACGCCAAAGGUGCAGAUUCCGCGACGUGAUGAUCGCGUGGUGCUACCGAGCCUCAACAACGUACACGGUCCAGCAAAUCCACCGAGACCCCAGGUCCGACCGCCGGUGACGCCGAAGCAGACCACUACCGCCGCAUCGAAUGCUUCACUAUCCGGCUCCACACUUGCGGCCAAGCGUCGAGGCGAUAGCGCAGCACAAGACCUAGAGCGAAAACUUCACGUCACCGACUCCGCGUACGCGCAUCCGCCGACAGGAAGCAGCUACGCCACCACGCAGUCUUCCGAACCCGACAGCGGCAAGAGCCUCCAGAGCCGAAGUACACAGACCACCGCCUCACCACUCAAAGGCUACGGGCGCAUCGCCGGCGGCGGGGUGGGUAGAGUGCGUCCUCCGCCUCCACCCCAGCAAGCAGGACUGGGUUUGCAAAACACUUCAUCGAACUCAGACUCUAGCUACAGCGGCUCUGAACCGCGGCAGCCGCAGGGGAGAAACGCGACGUAUCCGGGCUUGCCUCGCCAUCCGAGAGCGCUCGUGGACGAUGCUUCGAAGAACGAGGCGGCAGGGAGGGAGAAGCAGGUGAGCGGGCAGUGGGAGCCGAAGUUGACGCCAAGUCGGAGGGGGGAGGAUUUGUUUCUGGAUGUCGGGGUUGCGACGCCGAGGAGUGAUGUCUUUCGGCGGUGA